AUGAAUUACUUGAUACGAGCGAUACUAAUACUGAUAUUGAUAUGGACCAAGAAUGUUAUAGCGGAUGAAUCAUAUUCAGAAAGUCUAGACUUAAAACCAUUACCAAGAAAUAAAUUAUUGACAGGUUUUAAUUUUCAAAUUGAAUCAUCACCAUUUAAAAUUAUAGAUAUCGAUAAUAACAAUGAUUUUAGUCCCAAAAUUAGUCAUUAUUCAUUAUUUCCAAAUACCUUGGGUCCAAUAUUGGAAUCUACAAAUACUCGUGAAUUAUCUUUAAGAUUUACUCAAGGUUGGUGGGAUGCUCAAUCAUGGGGUAAAUUACCACAUAAUGGUUUAUUUAGUGGUGGAACUGGAGUUGAAGUAGUUGCUGUUAUUGAAGCGUCAAAUUCUACAGAAGCUAAACGCAAUUGGUCCAAAUUAACAAAAAUUUUAUCCGGAUUUUUUUGUGCAUCAUUAAACUCAAUAAAUGAUGAAAUUACAACUUUUCCAAAGCAUGCAAUUGAAAAUAUACAAAUAAAAAAUUAUCAACCAGAAUUGGGGAAUAAAUUGUAUCUAUUAAGAGCUGCAUUACCAAGUGAACCAGUUUGUACUGAAAAUUUAACACCUUUUGUCAAAUUAUUACCAACAAGAGGAAAAGCUGGUAUUUCUUCUCUUUUAGAUGGUCAUAAAAUUUUUGAUUCAUUAUGGCAUGGAAUGUCAAUAGAUGUAACAACUGAAUGUGAUGAUGAUAACAAUUGUAAAUUGAAAUUAUAUCAAACUGUCAAUCAAGUUAUAGAUAUUAUAAGAUCAAUACGUAAACAAAAAGAAGGUAUUAUUCCAAAGCCCACCCCCGGUGAUCAAUUAAGAUGUAAUCCGAACAAGACUCACAACAUAUGGCAAUGUUUUCCUUUAAAUGAUCCAACUGAGUUGGAGUGGAAUCUAGAAACGUUGUAUGGAAGAAAUAUUAAGGGACCAGCUUUUGAAGAUGAUCCAGAUGUUACCAAAAUAAAUGUUGAAUUUGAUCCUUCAGCCUGGAAUAUUCAAAUGCAAAAAGACAACCCCACAACAAUCAUCACAAAUUCAUUAAACACUCAUGGAACUUAUCAAGCUACAGAAGCAAUAUCAGAACGAUAUCGUUACGAUCUCAAAUUCUCAUCUACAAAUACUAGUCAAGUGGUACCAAUUGACAAUCCUCCACUACAUGUAUCACGUUCUUUAAUGGGAUAUUCAUUAGACAAUGGUGGUUUACGUUCAGCAUUUACAAAUCCUAGUGACAAAGAAGUGAACUUUAUUUAUUUUGAGUCCUUACCUUGGUUUAUGAGAUUAUAUUUAAGUAGUAUGGAGCUAAGUUUAAAGAAUUCAACUGGUACUUACAAAAUUGAAGAUCAAACAAAAUUUAUUAUAGAUAGAUACUAUAGACCAUCAUUGGAUAGAGCAAGACCAUCACAUAUGGAAUUAGUAAUGACAGUACCACCAAAACUGACAUUAGCUAUGACUUAUGAGUUUGACAAAUCAUUAUUGCUUUAUCGUGAAUAUCCACCUGAUGCAAAUCAUGGAUUUGAUGUUGAACCAGCAGUCAUUAUUGUUAAAGAUGAUAAGGAUAAUAAAUUUUACGAAUUUAGAACUACAAGUUUAUUAUUAACACUCCCAACACCGGAUUUUUCCAUGCCUUAUAAUGUUAUUAUUUUGACAUGUACAGUUUUAUCAUUAGCUUUUGGUAUUGUAUUUAAUUUGUUAACUAAAAAAACCGUAACUGAGGAAGAAUUUGAGUUAGUCGCUCAAAAUAGUAAUUUUGCUAAAUUGAAAGCAGCUAUACAAUCAAAAGUUUUCAGAAAGACUAAAAUAGAUUAA